CUGCAUGUUUCAUCCCCCUUCUCUCAGGCUAGCACCUUGUCUAUGCAGCCUUGUACAAAACUAAAUCAGGCCUGAAACAAUUUUUUUUUAAUUUGUUUUUGUUAAACCCUGAAUGGAAAGGGUAAUACUCAACAGUGAUUUAAGAAAAAAAAACGAGAAGUAGCUGAUUUAUCACAGAGCUCGAGAUGUGAAAGUGAACAUUUUCUAUAGGCUCUAAAUGCUGUAAGACACAACAGCCGCUUGCUGUUGGGGAUACAUUUGUAUUUGUUAUAAACGGUAGCAAUUAAAACAAUUUUAUUUUGGGUUCAAUCAAUUUAGGUUGAGAAACAAUAAGGAAAAACUGCGCUGAGUGCGCAGAGAACUCAAUUAGUUCCACCACACGCACACCUGAGUCCUCAAACCAGCGUCUUUUAUACCAGGAUCUUGACCAAUCGCGGCUUGCCGGAUGUUCGUCCUGCUCUUUCCCCAUUGGGUCGUUAGGUAGUGUAGCUGGGAAACAUGGAAGUCUCGGUAUUAGAGAUUGAAGACCCAAGUUGCUUUUGGGUUACUAUGAAAGGAUGUGGGCCUUACAUAGUCGAUGAAAUAGAAUAUAAAAACCUGAAUGCUGAAAUGAAUCAGUUCUAUGAUAAAUCUUACAAAGAUGUGGAUGAAGUAAAACCACUAGUAGUAGAAGAAGGCCAGAUGUGUGUGGUUUUCAGUGAGGAACUCGGAUGCUGGUGUAGAGCGAUUAUUAAGUCAAUGAAGUACUGUACAGAUCAUUAUCAAACAGAAUGUUUUCUUGUAGAUUAUGCCAAAUACAUUUUUCUUAAGUCAGAAGGCAUUCGAGUUGCACCAGAAGCAUUUAUGCAGAUCCCAUAUAGAGCAAAAAAGUGUAGACUGUAUCGCACAAAGCCAGUGACGUUGCAUGUUGACUUUUUUGAAGAUACUGCAAAGAUAGUGCCAGCCAAAAGAUGGGAUAGUGCUGCUACUCGGUAUUUUCAAAACCUCCUGAAAGCAAGUACCCAAAUGAAAGCCAAGUUGUGUGCCAUAGAAGAUAACACAUUUGAUGUUUUUCUUUAUGUGACAAUAAAAGAUGAAAAGGUAUGUGUUAAUGAUGAUCUUGUUUCAAAGAACUUUGCUCAUUUUGAGGAAGCUAAAGAGAAUACAGGGACUUCUGCAGAUUAUCAGGAGAGCCAAACAUCAUUGAAUCUUGAGUCACUUCCAGUGAAAAUUGCUAAUCCCACACUUGCUCUCAGGCCAGGGCUGUUUCGGAAGAAGGUGUCAACAAAUCUUGAAACAGGUCUUGCUGUUUCCAGUUCCUUUCUUGAAGAGAAAUACCAAAGGUCAAGUACAGAUAUAAAUGAAAAUACUGUGCCUAUUGCCAAAGCAAUUCUAGGUUUGCCUUUCAAGGAAAAUGGUGAAGUCCACACAGACAGGCUCCAGCAGUUCUCAAAUCCUGAUCCUCUGAAGACACGCAUAAUUGAAGAUGACCAGCAGAGUUUUCAAAGUUUUAGUGGAAAAAGAAACCUUGUGUUUCUUAGCAACAAAAUUGAGCCAUCAUCAGUUCUGGAAACAGCACCACUUCUUGAUGAUCUGAAAAAGGAACUUACUAGGAAAAAUUUUUUAGGCCCUAACUUCACAGAAUCUUACUGCUGGCCGCCAGUAGCUCGAGGAUGUGAUGUUGUUGUCAUCUCAAAUGAGGGAAAUGAUCCUCUCUUAUAUAUUCCACCAGUUCUUACAUUUUUGCAGUUGGAAAGUUGCUACAAAGCCUUGCCAAACAGGAAUGGACCACUCGCGCUUAUUUUAUGUCCUGGGUGGAAGAAGGCGCAACUUGUUUUUGAGCUACUGAAAACAUAUGGGAGAUGCUCCAGACAGCUUCAUCCAAUGUUGAUAAUACUUGGGCAGAACAAAGAAGCUGGAAAUGUGAAAAUCAGAGGAUGUGAACUAAUCGUGACUACACCAUAUAGUCUCCUGAGACUGUUGGAACAUCAGUGUUUAUUAUUUUGUAGACUUUGCCAUCUUGUGUUUGAUGAGAUUGAGGUACUGUUCUCUGACGCAGCUAAACAGAUUUUUACUAUAUUAGAUUGUUACAAGAAAGCCUUUGUUACUGAAGAGUGGGAGUAUUCACCGCAUCAGAUAAUUGCUGUUGGAACUCAUUGGAAUAAACAUAUAGCACACUUGAUAAAGGAGUUCAUGAACGAUCCUUACAUUGUGAUAACAUCUAUGGAAGAAGCUUCCAUCUAUGGAAAUGUGCAGCAGGUUGUGCAGCCUUGCAUGAACGCAGAGAGAAUUGCUGAAUUACUAAAAAUACUGGGUGUUACCCAUAAUAAUCAUCAGAAGGUGCUGGUAUUCACUGAUUCGGUAAAUGAAGCAGAAAUGAUUCAUAAGGCACUGAAGAGCAACUCUAUAUGUUCCUUAAAAAUACAUAAAGAGAGUGAGUUUAAUGUCAAGUAUGUCUUAGAGCAGUGGACAAAAAAAUACAGUUCUGGCUCUCCUGUUGUGUUAGUUUUAACAGAUGACUGCAUGCAGCCUUUGGGAAUUACUGAUGCAACUUGCGUGAUACAUUUCAGUUUUCCUUCUCCAAGAAUCUUUGGUCAGCGUCUACACAGCAUGUCUGACAACUUCUGUGAUGUGAUAAAGGAUUCCUCUGUAGAUCAGGAAUGUACAAAGGCAAGGUCAGUCGUUCUGCUAACAGAAGACAGUGCAUGUCAUGCACUUGGGUUCCUGCACUAUUUGCAGCGUGCAGAAGCUGAAAUUCCACCAGAACUGCAUGAUUUUGCUGCCAAGAUGCUAGAAGCUAAAGAAGAUAAGAAAGCUUCAAGGCCACUGUGUGCCUGUGUGAAAAUACUUGGGAUUUGCAAGAAUAGAACAGUGUGUCCAGAUCGUCAUCAAAUUAAUUUACAAAUAGACAUGACCCAGAAUAUACCAGAAAACAUUAGACUAACACCUGGAUAUGUGACAAUACUACCUCUCCACAUUGUAAAUGCAACGAACUACUUUGGUCGAAUAGUAGAUAAAAAAAAGGACCAAUAUACAAUGCUUGCUGAAGAAAUUAAUGAGUAUUUUAAGCAACCUAAUAACAAAAUUUCUGUUAAAAACGUGGAGAAGUUAGCAUUUUAUGGAUUAUGUGAGAAAACACUCUUUCACAGGGUUCAGGUGAUAGAGAUUCCCCCAAAAGAGGAGGAAAAUGUGUUCUUUAGCGUCAGAAUUAAGUAUAUAGAUGAAGGCAGAACAAGUCAAGUUCCGAGCUAUCAGCUGCUUCACUUACCUGCAAGGUUUCAGAGUCUGCCGCCUCAGGCUGUGGAAUUUGUAGUUUGUAGAGUGAAACCCAUUGAUAAUGAAACUGAAUGGAACCCAAAGGUAACUCAUUAUAUUAAUCACAAAAUAAAAGGAAGACUACAUGAAGCAAAAAUAGUACAUACCUUGGGAAAUACAGCUUGGGUGGACCCAAUGGUCCGCGUCACCAGGCUUUCAGAUUUGAAGGUGUCGGUCAAUGAAUAUAAUGUUCGAUCUGAGAUUUUGUCUACGGGUCUGGGAACUGACAAUCCAGAACAUAUAACACAACUUCAGAAGCUGUGUGGACACGUGAAAGUAUUAGAUCAUGCAAAGAACUUGGAGCCUUUAAGCAUAAAGGAGGAUACACCUGGUCCACAGAAAGCAUCCAAUCCACAGAAUAUGUCAAAACAAGACAGUUCCACUGAAAAUUGUAAUUCUUCUAAAAAUACUUUCUGGAAUCAUCAAUGUGAUGGUGUAGCUGAGAGUAAGGAAGCAGAAGACUCCACCUUGCAUCAAUGUAAAUGCUUUUAUCCAGAAAUAAAGUGGUUUCAAAAUGAAGAGACUGUUACAGUGAAGGUAAAAGUAGCAAAUGUAGCUGACUGUAAAUGUGAGUUCUUCAAAGAGAAGGUGGUGUUCAGUGCUAGUUCAGGUGAAAAGCUUUAUUUAGCUGACAUGGAGCUGCAUCGAUAUAUACUUGGAGAAAAGUCUACAUGUGUGAUUAAGGAUAAAGAGGUUAUUAUUGUUCUCAUGAAAGAGAAAAAAGGAGCAUGGCGCCAAUUACUGAAGAACAAGAAUCCUCGUGUGUCUCUUGAUUUUGAACACUGGGAAGAUUUUGAAGAUAAAAGCCCUUUUCCAGUUGGUACUAAAAAACUGCAUUGCAGUGCUGCAGUAACUGAAGAAUUGGUUGACUCCUCAGAAAACAGUGGAACAGAAAGUGAUGAGUAAUUUGGAGACAGAUCUUCUGCCUCUGAUAGGAGUUCUGCUUCAAAAUAGUGGCUCUUGCAUGAGUAUUUCCACUAAAACUGGUAAAACUAAACAUACAGGUUGCAGAAUUGUCCUUAAUUUGAGGAGGAAAAGAGUGAACAAACUCCGUACCCUUGGGCUCUGAGAAUCUGAAGAAAUACUACACAGAAGAACGUUGUUUUCCAGUGCCUUCACUUUAAGAUUGUUGGCUUUAAUGAUGAUGCGCACAUACGUAUGUGUGCCGUCUGAACAGCGAAAGCUGAAGAUUAAACCUGGCUUGUGAAAUGGUUGAAUUUAUUAGUCAUUAUGGAUCUUUUAGUUUAUCUGAGUGAAUUUGCUGGGUUAGCAGUAGUUAGUGAUCUUUGAAGUUUUGCAAAUACUGAUGAUCUGUUGGUUGUUUCUGCCAUAUCCCUUAUCUUCAUACAGUAUCAGUUUGAUGGCAGUCAUCGUAUUUUUCAGUUCUGCAUCAAGAAAUGAUGCCUCAAAUCCAAUGGCAAUUUUUGUUUCUUGAUUGGAAAUAUGUUGACUGGGUAUGAAAUACUGUACGGUGCAGCUCACUGUAACAGAUAACUGCUGUAAAAGCUUUUGUGGAACAAAUGCUGUGACAAACAGCAGAUUUGGUGUUUGUUUUCAGUUUGACAUUUUCGCUUUUCAUGAAUACUAUGAUUUCAUUCCCUCUGUCUAAAACCCUUUUCUCCUUUGCAAAUAAACAAUAAAAUUUUGUCUGUUUAGCCCUAAGGCGUUGCCUUUUAAUAUACCGUCUUUCAGUAAAUAAUUUUUCACUGUUGUGCACAUCCAGAACAUCUUGCAGUGAAGUAGUAAUGUAAAUUAUAUUUAUAAUAAAUGAAUCUGUUAUCAGUCUCUGCAUCUGUAGAUUUUAAAGCACUUUAGUUUCCCUGACAUAACUACAUGGUGAUUUAGAAUAGAGACUUAGCUUUACAGAUCUAUUUUAAGCCUAAAAGACUUUGUUGUAUUCUUGACUAGGGAGAGUAUAUUUGCUUGUUGGAGACUGUUCUUUCAAGACAUGUUGGGAUGCCUUUACUUAAAGAAUGAGAGGACUGUAUUAAUACAUUUACACUGACAGUUACAGUUUUUCUAGUUUCAGUGUAUGAUAAAGCUGCUGCUUUUAAAAAAGUGUAAAACUGCCAUGCGACAGGAACAGUUGCAAUUGUUAAUGCAUGGUUACAAAAAUCGGCACAGUUGGGAACCUCACUACAACUGAGUUUAAUUAUAACCUUCACCUGCCUACAGGUAUGUGCAAAGCUGCAACUGUUGUAGAAGUACUUAAGGAAAUAGCUAAUGUAACUGAAUUUUGGUCUUGCUAUGCAUUGGGAUCCAAACAAAAGACUGUCAAACCAUCUAAUAGGGAAAAAAAAUGUCAUGGGGCAGGAUGUUUUCCUUCACAUUUUUUGUUCUUCUUUGACUUGUCUGAUACCUAAAUAUAGUGUAAGGUAAGUUUUCUGCUAGUAGAUGAAUCUAGUGGGUUAUUUAAUACACAUAAACUACCUAAUUUUUCUGUGAAAAAUAAAAGACACCUUAUAUGAAGUAGAAGCAAAAGCUGAUUUUAGCCAUACAUUCUUAGCAGCUGCCAAGGGCUGAUCUAUAAAGAACAAUGUAAAAAAUGUAGCAAUACAUUCCAAAAAUACUCUUUUGGCCUCAAGCAGUUUUUGAUCAGGGUCUUCAUAAAGUAGAGGUUUUCUGUGGACUUCUUACUUGAAUUAUUUCAGUUGCAUUUUGGAACCUUUUGUCAACUUCUAACGUUUCUCCUGCAUAAAGGAAUUCAGUAGUUGAGCAAUGUAUUGUAUGAAGAAAUAAAUAUAAUUUUUUUCUGCAUUUUGAAGCCAUCCAUACUCUUUUCUGCUUGAAAUCCUGUACCCUCAAGAUGUAAUGGGAAUAGAUAGCUUGCUUUUCUCAUUUUCUUGUCACUUAAAGACAGCUUACGAACCUAUCAUCAUCAUCAUUUUUCCCCUCUGCCCCCAGGCAGCUAUUUCAGCCUUCAAAACUGUAGUAGAUAGAAUGCUUUAUAUAAAGAAUGAGUAUUCCUUUGUUCUUUCCCUGAGCUUCAUAGUUCUGUUUGAAGUAGUGUUUUUACCAACUAGGUAGAGGAACAGCAGUUGUAAGUGACUGGGACAAAACCCUGUGACAAGUAGUUACUUUAUAUAUAAUGCCUUAAUUAUGCUUUUGUUCUCCAUUACCUUCCUUGAUCAUUCCUAACCUUUUUACUUUUGUCCUACCCUGAUUGCACAUGGAGCUGAUGUUUUUGUGGAUCUGACUACAGUCGCAGAAUCUCCCUCAAGUGAAUCGGAACCCAUCGUUUUUCCAUGUACCUUUGGAAUUGCUUUUCAGUGUAGGUAUAGGCACAAAAUGAAAUAUAGAGGAACUUAAGACUGACUUCUUUGUAGCUGCAGGGUGAUGGAAAUAGCUGCUUUAGUUGAAUUUGCUAGGCUAGUUAGUAUGGACAUAAUUAUGAUCUUAAGCCAGUUGCUUAAUAUUCUUGUGUUACAUAUUUAGAAUGAAUGUGUUUAGCUGUUGAGAGGGGACUUAACAUUUUCAGUAUAAACAGUCUCUCAAAUUCAUCGCUAAAGUAUUGGCAAGUGACUUGAUAAAAUCCCUUUAUCCAUUUGCAGCAAGGGAAAACAGUAGUAAAGAAUGUUACCUGGAAUCCCUAAAUUUAUUGGCUGAGGAAAGUAAAAGCUGCUUACAUCUGUUAAUGUAGUAGUAUCUAUUUUUUGUAUUUUAUUUUCAUCAGCUACCAAAUGGAGUCUUUCUAGGAUGAUGCAGUUAGCUCUGUGAAGUCACAUUCAUGAUGAGAAUAAUUUCUGUGCCACUUACGUGCUGUUCUAUAACUUGGAUGCUAUUGGAGAAGAGGGAUACCCGAGAAAUUUAGCUUUAAUUUAUUAUCUUGUUUCAGUUAGGAAAAAAACAAAACAACCUCUUCCUGUCAACUGUUCUUUCCAUUUUUACUUUAUUCCUACUUCCUCAGUCUUUAAUUUUUUGAUAGCUGGCAUUUGGUCUGAAACUGAGAAUGGAGUUAGUCUGGGUUUACAUCAUUUCUGUCUUUGUUGAAUGUGAUGCUGUAAAUGAUAGCUGCUUCCUUCUUUUGGUAGUGUGAUGAAAAGCAUCUGGACAGUAUUGCUGGUAAGUUUUGCAGUCUUCAUAAUUAAGACGUUCCUCUUGUUUUCUGUGUUGAAAAUGCUCAAAAUAAGUUACCGUAAUAUAUUAGUAAACAAUGAAGACGGCUCUGCUGGACAUUGCAGUCUGGCUCAGAAAUCUUUUAUUAUUAUAUUUAACAUUUUUCAAGUACUAAAGUG